AUGCAGUGCAGCCGUGCGGGGGCGGCCCCCUCCAGUGCGGUCCCACUUCUGUGCUGCUGCUGCUGCCACCAGCGAUGCCGGCAGUGCUGCUCUGCUCCUGAUCCUGCUCCUGGCCCUGCUCCUGCUCCUGCUCCUGCUCCUGCUGCUGCAGAGCGGCGGGUUGCGCUUGUCAGCGGCGGCACGCGAGGCAUCGGGUUUGGUAUCGCCACCUGCCUGGCCCGCGACGGCUACAGCCUGGUGCUGGGGUACAACAGUGAUGCGGGGGCAGCUGCCACGGCGCAGCGCAGCCUGCGGGAGCGGUACGGCGUGGCGGUGGAGGUGGUGGGCGGCGACGCCGCGCUGCCCGCCACCUGGGACGCCCUGUUUGACCGCGUGCAGCAGGCCUUUGACGGCCGCCUCACCGCCUUUGUGCACAACGCCGGGCUCUACAUCGGCAUCACCUCUGUCUCUGACGCCCAGCCCCAGAUUCGCGGCGAGGAGGACUGGGAGGCGGCCUUCGGAUACUACCACGACGUCUACGUUCUCGGCUUCCGCCGCGGCCUGGCCGGGGCUCUGGCCUGCCGCGGCCUGCGCCACGUGGUGGCCAUCUCGGCGCAGGGCUGCAACACCACCAUGGGCCCCCACCUUGAAAACGAGGCGCCCGGGCAAGCCAAGGCGGGGCUGGAGUAUCUGGUGCGGCUCCAGGCGCUGGCGCUGGCGAGGCGGGGGGUCAACGUGAAUGCCAUCGUCCCCGGCCUCAUUCGCACAGACGCCUGGUCAAAAGUGCCCGCCUCUGAGGAGCGGCUGCAGCAGAUGGUGGCAGCCACGCUGGCGGGGCGAUGGGGGGCCCCAGAGGAGAUUGGCGAGGUGGCAGCCUUCCUGUGCUCGCCCCGAGCUGCCUUCCUCACCGGCGCCGCCAUCCCUGUCGACGGCGGG